CGCAUUCAUUCUCUUCCCAACGCCAAAGCGAGCUGGCCAUCACAGGAACACAGGACACUGCAACAACAGACACAACAAACAAAAACCGACAUCGAUUGACAACAAAUAAACGCAAACAUGGCAGAGAACUUCGACGUUGUGGCCACAUACAAGACUUUACUGCUCAAGUCGCCUGAGCUCUCAAUGCCCGUGGCGGCCAUUCAGUCCUUGGUUGAGCUUAUCAAGCACUCGAAGGCGACGACAAUGUCCGAGUUCAUGCUGUCAAUAAAGGACGCCAGUCAGCAACUCAAGUCUUCAGUCCGGAAUUCAAUCUCGCUCUCUGCAGGAUGCGAUCUGUUCUUACGGUUCGUGACUAGGAACUCUCAGGAUGUGGCCGAUUUCGAAACCUGGAAGAAGACGCUGAUUGUCCGGGGACAAAGUUUUGUCGAGAAGGCCGAUGCUUGUCGCUAUAAGAUCGCAGAUCUGGGUGUGCCCUUCAUCAAGGACGGAAGCGUAGUCUUGAUCCACGCACAUUCGCGCGUGGUAUCGUUGCUUUUGCAGAAGGCUGCCGAGAGCCAUAAGCGUUUUAAGGUCUUUGUCACAGAAUCGAGUCAGACUCAGGGAGGCAUUCGGUCGGCCAAGAUGUUGCGCGCUGCUGGAAUCCCUACGACAAUCAUCUUGGAUGCUGCUGUGGGAUAUGUGAUUGACAAGGUCGAUAUGGUCCUUGUUGGUGCUGAGGGUGUCGUUGAAAACGGUGGACUGAUCAACCAGAUUGGAUCGUACCAGAUGGCCAUUGUCGCCAAGGCUGCCAACAAGCCCUUCUACGCCGUCGCAGAAAGUUACAAGUUUGUGCGCCUGUUCCCCCUGAAUCAAUAUGACCUUCCGACCUACAAUGCUGACACGUUAUCGUUCCAGGAGCUGAAUGUCGAUUAUGAUCCCAAGGAUCGGGCGUCACAGGGAUCGAACCCCUUGGUGGACUAUACCCCACCCAACUAUAUUACGCUGCUGUUUACUGAUCUGGGCGUCCUCACACCCUCGGGAGUCUCGGAUGAACUUAUCAAAUUGUACUUGUAA